GUGCUUGUUCAUUCUACCUUACCUUUUCUUAUGUUGUGGAGCGGUUCAUCAACCCUUUCCAAAUUGAGUAGAAUUAAGGAAAGUCUAUGAAUAGACACCAUUCAAUUUUGCUUCACUGAGAAUUGUGUAUAUCAACUAUGCAAUUGCAUCUGGUAAAUAAUUAGGCCUUUGAAACUGCAUUUCUGCCUGCAAUCUACUUUACAUUAUGGUUAGUGGCUUCAGACUUAUACAGCCAGCUUGCUUGUGGAAAUGAAGAAGAGUCCUUUAAAAUGCUGGAUCUGGGCUUGAAAUUCUGAAAAGUGCUGUGAGAGGCACAACUGUUCUGCAAAAGAAGUUUCUCAUUUCCUCCAGACCUUGAGUUCCUCACGAGGUAGAUGGCAGAGCUGUUGAUAGUGAAGUUCAGAGACGGGACAAGAAAGUCGUGCCACAGAUGGCACGACUGUGGGGCUGUGUCCUCCUCUGUGCAGAACGAGAGGUCUGAACUCAAUGCAGCUGCUUGUUCUUGGGCAAAAUAUUAAUUUAACCGAGGGCUUGCCACAUCUGAACUAGUGAGAUAACAGCAGUUGUGAAAAUUAAGUGUGACCACAUCUGUAAAGCACUCAGCCUAGUAUCUGUCACUAGAGUAAGCAUUUCAUAUGUGGUAGCAGCAGCAUCGAUUCCCUCCCCUGCCUUGGCCCAGUCAGUUCCGGCCCAUCAUCCAUUGGCUCCUUGCCCGGUGGGAGCAUCAAGCAUUUUGCCCAUGCUUCAUUCCAGCACAUGCAGUGGUUUUGAACAUGUGAGUCACCUUUCUCUAAACAAGGCUCCUCCAGGUUGGGACCUUGCGUUACAUGUUUUCUUAGUUACUUUCCUGGUAAUGGGAACGAAUAGGCACGAAAAGUGUUUUUGGAACAAACAGAUCUAUUUAAAUGAAUUCUGGUUGAGGGCUGGGAACCAUUAUUUUUGAUAAUCAGAGCCAGUGAUUCUUAUCAGGGAGGUUUAGAAAACAUCCUUCUUUGCCCAGCUACUUUCUAAAAAAUACUAUUCAGGUAGGAAGGGCGUUUCUAACAAUGCGACAGACAAUGAGAUAGAAAUAUUGUAUAAGAAAGGUCUAGGAGGCUUUUUAUUAUAAGUGAAUAAGAAAUGACAAAAUUUGCUGGAGAGAAUAAAUGAAUCAGAUUGAAACAGAUUUUUUUGAGACCUCUGCUUUCCCCAUGAGUUCAAUAUAGACCAAGAAGAAAUAUCCACAGGCAAAAUUAAGUGGGACAUGACUUUCUCAUUAGGGUCCUUAGUGAUACAAACAAACAGGAUACUUUUUUCUGUUUAUUAAUUUUGGCAGGACAGAGAAGACAAAAUAUUCUUCUUGGAUAACUUUGAAAUCAUCAACUAACUGUAAUAGUUCACAUGAAUUUUAUUAUCUUUCAAGUACUGUUUUUCUCCAAAUUUUGUGUCCAAAUUUUGUGACACAAUUUUUAGAAAUGGGAAACACUUUCAAGAGUGGGUGCAUAGGCUGGGUGCAUGGCUCAUAUUUGUAAUCCCAGCACCUUGGGAGGCUGAGGCAGGAGAAUCACUGGAGGCCAAGAGUUUGAGACCAGUCCAGGCGACAUAGUGAGAUCUCUAUUUCUACAAAAAUAAAAAAUACAAAUAAAAUAGCCAGGCAUAGUGGCACGCAUCUGUAGUCCCAGCUACUUGGGAGGGUGAGGCAGGAGGAUUGCUUGAGUCCAGGAGUUCAAGGCUGCGGUGAGCUAUGAUCACAGCACUGCACCCCAGCGUGGACAACAGAGCAAGACCCUGUUUCUGAAGAUAAAAGAAAGAAUGAGAUAGUGCUAAGUUGGAAUAUAAAUAUAUGUAGGGAUAUUACUUUGGUGAUAGCCAGCUGCAUCCAGAAGUUGAUGAUUUGGAAGUUAAAUAUUUUUAGGAUGUUUUUGAGGGAAAAACUGAGACUGUUAUCUAACCCCUAGAAACCAUCAGAGAAUGUCCUUUGUAGUAAGUCUCAUAUCCCUUCUGUAACUUGGGCCUCCUGGCUUGGGUCCUGCAGUUGACAGCUUGUGGAAGGUGGGAAGGAGUCACUAGGAGCUCCAUGUGUCCCAUUCAGUUUCUUACUUGCAAAUGGUGAAGGGCCUGGAGACGUCUGCAAUAAAUUUCCCUGUCUCUCUCCAUCCAUGUGGAGAAUGGAUGGACGCACGUGUCAGAGGCACAGGGUUCUCCUUUCCGUUGCCUGGAGCCCCAGCCUGCCCAGUUGGUGGGUGCCAGGGCAGCCAGCAGGCUUGGCAGUGAGUGGGUGGAGAAGGACAUUCCAGCAGCUCAGAUGUCUUCAGGUAUGCAGACUGAGCGAGAUUAACACGUCUUCAUCUUCUGCUGGAGUAGCAAUAAAUCUUUAAAAUGCCACUCUUUUCUCUCCAGGGACUAUAAAAAAAUGCUUGUCAAUUUUCUCCACCUAUUCCCUUUCUCUCUCAUCCCUCUUCUCUUUGAGAAGAUUAGCAUGGCUAAUCAUAGUAGAAACAUGUGCUCUGGUGCACUGGAUAGAAUUGACUCUGAAUUUCAGACUUUGGUGACAUGGUGACAUGAAAGCUUUGUUCUAGAAGCUCACAGUGCAGUUUCUUUAGUGUCUGGAAUCACUCUCCGCUCCCAAUAGGGGAAGAAUUUUACAUAAACAACUUAUAUUUGUUAAAAUAGUUUGAUAAAACUCUGAUUCUGGCCGGGCGCGGUGGCUCCCAGCACUUUGGGAGGCCGAGGUGGGUGGAUCACGAGAUCAAGAGAUCGAGACCAUCCUGAUCAACAUGGUGAAACCCUGUCUCUACUGAAACUACAAAAAAUGAGCUGGGCAUGGUGACGCUUGCCUGUAAUCCCAGCUACUUAGGAGGCUGAGGCAGGAGAAUUGCCUAAACCCAGGAGGCGGAGGUUGCGGUGAGCCAAGAUCGCACCAUCGAACUCCAGCCUGGGUAACGAGCAAAACUCCAUCUCAAAAAAAAAAAAAAAAAAACCUCUGAUUUUUUGUGUUUUCCUGCUCUUAAUCAGAUUUUUCUAUUUUUUUAUUUCCUCCACUGAAUUACUUUUUAACGAUCUUCUUUCUUUUCCUCUAUGUUUUGUUGAGUUUAUGAAACACUUCAUAGUGUAUUUUUCUUUUUUUUACUUAAGUUCUUUUCUUUUUCUUGUUCUUUUAAUUUUUCUUUUUUUUUUAUUUUUUGAGACAGGGUCUCACUCUGUCACCCAGGCUGGCGUGCAGUGGGGUGCUCUUGGCUCACUGCAGCCUUGACCUCCCUGGCUCAAGUGAUCCUCCUGCCUCAGUCUCCGGAGUAGCUGAGACUAGGCAGCCACCACCACCCAAGGCUACUUUUGUAUUUUUUUGCAGAGACAGGGUCUCCUUAUGCUGCUCAGGCUGGUCUUGAACUCCUGGGCUGAAGUGAUCCCCCUGCCUUGGCUUCCCAGAGUGCUGGAAUUAUAGGCAUGAGCUAUAUGUGUGGCCUGUUUUUCCUACUUUUCUUUUUCUUCUGUUUUCUAGUGACUUUUCUCAUUCUAUUAUUUCCAAAGGCUGUUCAAAGUCACCCAAGUUCUACGUAUUGUGUGAAAUUCUAAGUUUUCAGCGGAUAACCAUCUGUCAUAAUAAACUAGAUCUAAAUAUAUGUACAUGGUGUGGUGUUGAAAUCAAGUAAAGUUUACAAAACCAAAUUGGUCUGACUCAUAUGAGUGAUGAGCUCAAUGGCUGCUGUGUCUGUACCAUUAUGUUAUAAAUGAUGAACAGAUCUCAUCACUGUAAUUAGUAUUGUUUUUGUACAAUCAAAUCUAGAGUUUUUUCUUUUGUCAGUUUUCUGUUAUCUAUAUGGUAAGUAGCCGUCCUUUGUAUUUCCCUCAGAUUUACUUAAAUGCUUAAUAGGAUCUCUCUCUCAUAUACCCCGCACCCCUCUUCUUGCUUAAUGAAACAAAAAUGUGCCUGGUAAUAUUCUCAGCCGACCAUUCGGCUCUGUGUGCUUCUCACUGCUUUCCUCCGUGUACCGCCCCAUCCCUGCUUAUGAGGCCUGGGGUUGUCUGUGCUCACCUCCUCAUCCCUUGGCUUUGCCCACCUUCCUGUUCAUCCCUAGUUACUCAUCCUCCAUCCAAAAGGCAUGGCCCCAAGUUCAAAAGUAUGACACAGGUUGUGAAUGCUCACUCUACACAAAUAUGUCAGCGUGGCCCACCAUUCCACAUCUGCGGCUAGAGGACCCCUAAGUAAAUCGUUUCUGAAUUUAUCCUAACCCUUGUUGAUUUGUAUCUAGAAGCCUUCCUUCAUAGGGAAUAAUUCCUUCUUAAAACCUGGCUUAAGUUCUUCCAUAUCCUAACCAGGGGUAUCCCAAAACUGUGGGGGUAGAAUCAAGAAUAUCCCCAGCAGACUCAGGACUCACAGCCCCUGGAGUGUUUAAAUGGCCAGGACAAAUGCUCCCAAGACCAAGCAAAGCAAAAUAUUUAUUAACAGGAUGUGCAGAGGGACAGAGUGGGUUGGAGCAAAGUGUGGAUCUCCCUUUUUUCAUUGCAGUUGGUGGAUUUAACACCAGGUGGAAUUUCCUGACCAACUGCUGUGAAAUUGUACCAUCAGCACCAUCCAUAGUGACUAUAACUUAGAUCUCAAAAUAACAAGGCUGAGGGCGGAGGUUUUGUGAUUUUUAAAGUUGUGUUUCCCUACCCCCAUCCCUGUGCUCCUCACCCUGUAAGGCCAGGAGAAAUCUCCCUGGCAGUGGCCCAGCCUUGGCAGCCAGCAGAUGCCAGAUACAGUCGUGCUAAUUGUCCUUGAACUGGGAACGAAUGCGCAUUCAUGGUGUAAAUUGUUGCCAGCAGUUCUCCCAAUGCCCCUACACCUGUUUCAGAUCUGUCACACAAGGCCGUCGUAUUUUUCCUUUUAAAGAGGCAGAUAAUUUGCUGAUCACGUCACUGGAGACAUCAUUGCAUUGGCAGGACUCUGCAAGAACCUCUGUAAUUUGGUGACACCCACUCCUCAGGGCAGAGCAAAGGGUGACACUGCUUGGGAAGUGCUGGUGCUAGAUCAGGGCAGGGAAGGAGCAUAUAAGCCAAGCGACAUCCACAGCUGCUCCCAGAGAAUGGACUUCACACUCAGAAGAAAAGACAUCUGGGUUGUAGGCAGCGUGUGCCUUCUCUCGUCUUCAGUUCUCUGGCGUUUGAUCCGGUUCAUGAUGACCCGGGGAGGCCACUGCCAGGCUCCUGCUCUUGAGGACGUGCAGGCGAAGGAGAAGCUGUGGUCAGACGCUGGCCUGGCAGAAAGGAUGCCCGUCCAAAGCAAAAGGACAUCAGCCCUCGCAGUUGAUGUCCCGGCCCCUCCUGCCCCAUUCGACCAUCGUAUUGUGACAGCCAAGCAAGCAGCGGUCAACAGCUUCUAUACAGUGAGCAAGACAGAAAUCUUAGGAGGAGGGCGUUUCGGCCAGGUUCACAAGUGUGAGGAGACGGCCACAGGUCUGAAGCUGGCAGCCAAAAUCAUCAAGACCAGAGGCAUGAAGGACAAGGAGGAGGUGAAGAAUGAGAUUAGCGUUAUGAACCAGCUGGACCAUGCGAACCUCAUCCAGCUCUACGAUGCCUUUGAGUCUAAGAAUGACAUUGUCCUGGUCAUGGAGUAUGUGGAUGGUGGGGAGCUGUUUGACCGCAUCAUUGACGAGAACUACAAUUUGACGGAGCUUGAUACCAUCCUGUUCAUGAAGCAAAUAUGUGAGGGGAUAAGGCACAUGCAUCAGAUGUACAUUCUCCACUUGGACCUGAAGCCUGAGAAUAUCCUGUGUGUGAGUCGGGAUGCUAAGCAAAUAAAAAUUAUUGAUUUUGGAUUGGCCAGAAGAUACAAACCCAGAGAGAAGCUGAAGGUGAACUUUGGAACCCCAGAAUUUCUUGCCCCUGAAGUUGUAAACUAUGAUUUUGUUUCCUUUCCGACGGACAUGUGGAGUGUGGGGGUCAUCGCCUAUAUGCUACUUAGCGGUUUGUCCCCUUUCCUGGGUGACAAUGAUGCCGAGACGCUGAACAACAUCCUGGCCUGUAGGUGGGACUUAGAAGAUGAAGAAUUUCAGGACAUCUCGGAUGAGGCCAAGGAGUUCAUCUCCAAGCUUCUGAUUAAGGAGAAGAGUUGGCGAAUAAGUGCAAGCGAAGCUCUCAAGCACCCCUGGUUGUCAGACCACAAGCUCCACUCCAGACUCAAUGCCCAGAAGAAGAAGAAGAAUCGUGUCUCUGAUGUCCAGGACUUUGUGACCAAAUAGUCUACUGGAGGCACCCAUUUGAAAGGAAAACUGCUGUGGUUGCUGCUGCUUUGAGAAAAUUUUUGGAAAAAUCAGCAGUUCUGAUGCCCUGACCCCUAUGAUGACUGGCAGUCUUAGCAGGGGAGCCCUUGACCCUGAACUUGAACUUGAACUGGAGUGCCUCUGCUGCGCUCAGAGGAACACCCCGCGCUGGGGUCCCGUCCCAGGGCGCAAACGCAUCCCUGCAUCGGGGGGUCGUGAUGUUGGGAAGAUGUUUUCCUGCCAUCUUGAGACUUUUUUACUUGUUUUGUAAAAUUCUUUGAUCUUAGUCACUGGGGCAGGGGUGCAUUCUGUCUGCUAUUUCUCAUAUUACUGCAGCUAUCACACUUGAGAUUUGUUGGAGAUUUUAAAGCUGGAGGACGCAUUGAGAGGGAGAAAACGGCUUCCAGCCAUUAAACUAUGCUUUUCGAAGGGGCCGUUUGAUGACCAGAUAGAAUUCUAAGUCCAGUGCACCCUUGAACACUUAGUUUCUCAGACUCUCUCGUUUUGGUUUGCUCUGAGGUCACGUGACUACAAUAGCUAAAUAAUUGUCUUGCUGGAACAGAAGCCAUCUCUGAAUUCUCAAACAAGAGGCAUCAGCCCCUGUGUCUUUCGUUUAUUCUGAAUUGUCCCCCACGCACAUUUUCUUCCAAGUAGCUGAUUCUGUUUUCACACCUGUACUUCCCGGAGCCUUCUGACCGACAGUUCAUCCCCACAAAGCACACUGGUUUUGAGAGGUGAUACAGCAAGUGUAUGUUUAUGGUAGGUCUUUGAAAUUCCAACCUUUGGAAUAAUGUCAACAGUCACAAAGAGCUCUCCUCAAGACCCAGUUGUCAACGAAAAGAGAUGGAUCUGCACCUUCUGGAGAAAGACAGUGCUGAGCUUCCAAUGUUGAAGUGACUUGGGAAAUAACAUUCAAGCUUCUGGGUAAACACAAACACUGACAAAGACAGAGUGCAGUCUCUGGCCUGUGCAGUCUCACGGGACUCAGUGGUGGUGAAGAAAUCGCAGUCGCACAGCAGAGGUGAGGGCAACUCUGCUGGCUCACCCACUGGACAUGAGAUUGUUGGAAUGUUCCAACUGGAAGGUUCCUAUGCCUACCUAGCUCGUGUGCCACUUCAUGGCAGAUAUGUAAGAAGGGAAAUGGGCCCUACUGUAGAUGGCUUAUGGGAUCCUGAAAGGAACUGGGCUUUAAAGAGUGAAAAACUGAGUGUGUCAUUUCCACAGGAAGGAGAGGCAAGGAAAAGCCCCACAAAAUUCCCAUUACCCACUCAACUCCACGCUCACCACCCAGCUUCAUGAGCUUUCCUCACAUUUUCCAUUUCCAAAUAACUGUUGUACUGACAUCGGCUGUGUUAAUUCCUCUGUUUUUAUCCAUCUGUCCUUCUGGGCUACUGUGGUCACAGUAGCAAUGAAAGGUAUAAGAAUUACUUGGUGGCCUCAGCAGGGAGGGUAGAUUCACUUUGCAUCAGCUUUCCCCCAUUAUCUCUCAGAUCCACCGAAGGAAUCCUUACAGCAUGCCAUGAAUAUGUGCAACAUCUUUAUUGUCAUAUUUAAGGUAAGGAGGAAGUAGAGAUAGGAGGAAAUGUGUGAUUUGGUGAAGGCCACAUGCAAAUUUUGUGGUCGUACUAGUUACAAAACUGACUCCUCUCUAGCCUUUGCUUUUACAUUAGAAGGCAUAUCUUUUUCUCCUUUGGUCUGGCAUUUAUCCAAGGUUGGUUUCUUAUGUUCCUAUUAUGUGACUAUGCUUAAAAUGUUUAGUUUCCUUAAAACAUGCACACACGCACACACACGCACACACACACACACAUGCAUACACAACCCUGGGACUGAAGUGUUAUAUUACUGUGCUAUCUUUAGCUGAUGCUAUUCAUUGAGUCUAGAAAAACACAAGCCAGUGCAUGCAUUAAUAUUCAGUCAAACCACAGAGAGCUGGCCUCCACUCAAAUGCUAAACAGGACACAAGGGUCUGAUUUGAAGCCCCUCGUGGAAGGGCGUUUUCUGCCCUGUGGUGUGGAUUCUCUACCAAAUCGAGCAUGAGGUCUUUUGCAUGAUGUGCUAUUUGCAUCCACCUUCCCUUCUGACUCAGACUGGCAGAUCCCAGACCCUGCCACACAUGGAAGAGACAGCUCAGGUCAAAUGCAGGCAUGCUUUCUUUGCCAAGUUAAUCCACUGAUGACCCUGCAGUGAGUGGGUGUGAGUUUUGUUUUGUUUUGUUUUGAGGUUUAGAAAGGAGACUCUACUUUCAAAAUGGGUCUUGUUUGAUUCUGUAGUUAAAUUUCAACAUUUGGAAUGGGAAGGCAUCCCCAUGCCAGCAGGGUGCCUUUUAUAUGAGUGCUGAGGGUAGUUUGCAUUGCAGAGUUGAUGAUUACAGUCUAGAGUUACUUGAAAUGAGAGAUUAUCAGUCUAGUGUUCAUCCUGCCCACCCCCACCUCCAUGCCUUUGUGUGGCUGCUCCAGCGAGAACUGGUAACUAGGUAGAUUGCUGCUCUAAUGGGAAAAGGCGGCUUUGCAAAGCCGAGGAAUCAAGCCAGAUGUGAACACGGACUCAGAGACGCUUGAGUCUGGCUAGACCAGGGCUAUGGAGAUCAAUUUUUCCAACAGGUCAUUAGGAUUUGGGAGGCUGUAUUUCUCCUCCACCCUCUUAAUGGAUGCUAUGGCUUUGCUCACUCACUAGGCAGUUCCCAGUUUCUUUAGCAAAUGGAGGAAAUUAAGCACUGAUGUGGCACUUCCCACUGCCUAAAGAGAAAUAAAACUCGCAAGUUAUUCAGGGGAGGCAUGCCGCAUUGGUAUCUGGAAGACACUAACACUUACCCACAAUCUGAUGCUAUUUAAAAAUCAGGGGGGCAUAUAUCCCCAUUUGUUACAGUUGAAAUUUUGGAAGACUCUCACCUGACCUAAUCUGGGGAGCAAUUUCUAGGUUGAAGUUGGUUACACUCAUGUCUGUUGAGGGCCAUAAGUUUGUUUUCAGUUAUUUUGUCUGACUUGAUAUUAAUUUGCCUUCUUUCCUCAAAAGUGUCAGUAGGCAGGUUGCCAUUGUUGUGGCUUGCUUUGAUGUAUGUUUGGAAAGAUGUGUGAAUGCUUAAUUUUUAUCCAUUUUAUGGAAAUUAGCUAGAAUCUUUUUUUUUAAGAAUCAAAAUAUGGAUUUGAUACUAGGAACAGAAUCAGCUCUUUAUUUCAUUCCUUUUUCGUCCCUUCUGCUUCCUCUGCCCCUCCCCAGCCGCCCAGCAUGGGGUGCCAGUGAGCAUGUGUUUACUGGGUUAGUUUGUGCUGGGGGCCAAACGACAGAAACCUGGUUGAAAAUCCACUUGUAAAAGUGCAAUUGAGAGGCAGCCUCAGGCCCCCGGAGGGCUGUGGUCCUCGGACUUGGUUCUUUCCUGUCCCUUGGCCAUCCUGUCGUCUCUGUGAGCUGCAGCGUCACCAGGAUCCACUUCCCAGUAUCCACAAAGCUUUCCCUUGCUUUUGCACUCUCUUUUACAUUUUUUUUACUUCUUUCCUUUUUCUUAAGUUAGAAUCAAAGUUUGUCUUCUUAUCCAUCACCAUGCUCCCUGAAAGCCUUUUUGAGAUUAAGACAUUUUCUUACCAGAAGGCAACUUUCCAUCUGUCCUAAAGGGAAGUGGGUUACUGGAUUUAUUAGAUGUUGUGUUUCUGCAUUAAGAUGACUUCCUUACAUAGCUUGGAGUCUGCAGUUUCUCAAUUAGAAGCGUUCUGUGUUUCUUUUUGCUCCAUUUUAGUGGGCUGUGCUUUGUAUAGGUGGUCUUUCUUUCUAUGGGCAGUUUCACCUUCCGUGAAGGCUUGUAACUCAACCACUGCUACUCAUUUAGAAAAGCAGAAAGCACCUGCUUUGUGAGCGUUCAUAUGUGGCCUAAUGUGUGUUUUGCUGUCAUCUCAGCGGAUAGAUGUGUCAGUCUUUAUGACUAGGUUUACUGGUGUUGGUAAGAGAUAAAAAAAGAAUUCAUAAUGUGGUGAUUGUGUCUAUGAUGUAUAUUUUAAAUUUCUGAACUCGCUUUCAUCCGGCUGCUUUUCUUUGCUCUAUAAAGACAUGUUAGCAGUCAUGUAUAUGUAUUAUAUUGAAGAAUAAACAUGGACCUUAUUUAUCUUUUGA